UCUCUUCGCACCAUUAAUAUCAAAAUCCAAUUUUUGAGUGUAUUUCAAUCCAUUCGAAACAAACCCUAAUUCGUUUGCGAAAUCAAUUUCAGAAGAAACUUUUAUUUUGCUAAAAUUAGUAAAACGCAUGCAUUGAGUGAAUCCCAGUUGUCAAUUUCGUACUUUCUUAGUGAAAUUGAAACCCUUAAAUUCCCUCCCUUACUCCAAUUUUGAUCCAUAUGCUCCAAAGCUUACAAGAUCACAAUCUGAUACUCUGUAAUGGGAGCUGAGAAGAAAUGGCUUUUCACACUCUUCUUCGCCGCAUUCAUCUCCCUACUACUCUUUCUCUCAUCGAUCUGCGGUUUCAGUUCUUCAUACGCCUUCACUUCACACAAACCCUUCUCCGCCGUCCACCGUGGGCGCGGGUACCCUCCGGCGUUCGCUUACUACAUUACAGGCACCCGCGGUGACGCCGAUAGGAUUUUCCGAUUGUUGCUGGCGGUGUACCAUCCCAGAAAUAGGUAUCUGUUGCACAUUGGAACGGAGGGUUCUGAGGAUGAGAGGAGGAAGUUGAGUGUGUUGGUGAAGUCGGUGCCGGCGAUUAGGGCUUUUGGGAACGUGGAUGUGAUUGGGAAGCCUGAUCCAACAACAUAUAUGGGCGCGAGUAAUAUUGCGGCCAUUUUGCGUGCUGCUGCCAUUUUUUUGAAGGUUGAUGGCGAUUGGGACUGGUUUAUUACCCUGAGUGCAUUGGAUUAUCCUUUGCUAACACAAGAUGAUUUGUCUCAUGCAUUCUCCUCCAUUAGCAGAGAUGCCAAUUUCAUCGAUCAUACCAGUGAACUUGGAUGGAAAGAGGAUCAAAGAAUCCUGCCAAUCGUAGUUGAUCCAGGGCUUUACUUAGCAAGGCGAACCCAAAUCUUUCGUGCCACUGAAAAGCGGCCGAUGCCUAACGCUUUCAAAGUUUUCACAGGAUCUCCCUGGGUAAUUUUGAGCCGUUCGUUCCUAGAAUACUGUGUUUUCGCCUGGGAUAAUCUCCCUCGAACCCUCUUAAUGUACGUUAACAACGUGGUUUUGGCUCAAGAAGUCUACUUCCAUAGCGUCAUUUGUAACUCCCCCGAGUUCAAAAACACAACCAUCAAUUCCGAUCUAAGGUACAUGGUGUGGAACAACCCCCCUAAAAUGGAGCCACUUUUUCUCAACAAAUCCAACUAUAAGGAAAUGGUUCAAAGCGGCGCUGCUUUUGCACGACAGUUUGGGAAAAAUGACCCAGUGCUCGACAUGGUUGAUCAGAAAAUCUUGAAGCGUAGCGGCAACCGCCCUUCCCCUGGGGCAUGGUGCACCGCUAGAAGGAGCUGGUUCGUGGACCCGUGUUCGCAAUGGGAUGAUGUCAAUGUUCUGAGACCUGGAAAUCAAGUGAAGAAGUUUGAAGAAUCUUUAAAGAAUUUGGUAGAUGAUUCAAGAUUAGAAUCAAAUCAAUGCAGUUGAAGGAAAAAAGACCCUAAAUGCUUAUCUUGUGAUUGAUUCAAGCUUUGAUUAUGGUUUCAAAGAUGCAUUAUUUGUUGUUUACAGAGAUUCUUUUGGUGGGUGGGGGGUUCUUCUUUUGGGUGUUUUGGGUUACAAGUUUUGUUGUAAAGUGGUGAAAAAGUAAAACAAUAAGAGGAAUCCUCCCCUAUUUUGUAAAACCUGUUUGCAAGUUGUAAUGCUUCUUAGUUUAUCUGCUUUCUGUUUUAUGUGUCAGUGGUUGUAAUGUGACAUACAUAAUUUAUUCAUUUAGAAGUUGGAAAACAAGAUUUAUUCAUUUGGAUUUUGUC